AAAGUGAGAACACACGCCUCUUUCAGAUCCACUGACCCUAGUCAAUAAUGAUGAAACGGUACCUAUUCUUAGAAAAUGACUAUUUAAGUUCUACGUCAGCAUAAAGGUUUCAUUUGGAAAACAACUGCUGUGCUUGAAGGUACCUGUAAGGAAGAGUAAGUCAUCAAGACCCAGUUCUAAUCCAGAAUUGCAGCGUCAUUCAUCCACCUUGCACCAUGACAGACAGGCGGGGCUCAUCGUUAAACAACCCAGAUUACAGUCCCAAGAAAACCCUGAUUCCAAACGGCGAUGUUGAAGUCGUUGUCAUAUCUGAGCCCGACGCCAAGGCUCAUUACCAAACAUGGUACUCUCUGCCAACACUGCGAUUUGUCAACGUGGUCCAGGCUGUUGUCUUGGUGGACGCGGUGCUGUCCAUUAUUCUGUGGUUGACAGGAGGAACAUCUAGUUACUUUGUUGACAACAUUCUGAGGUUUCAUCUGAGGCAAUCUGUGUUUGACCUCGCCAUUAUUGCCACUUGUAAAGCCUUGUUCCUGGUCCCAUUCUACAGACUCCUAGAAGAAUCAUUUUAUAAUCAGAUUCAGCACCCAUUCCAGCAGAAAUUCCGCAGAAAUGCGCGAGUGUUUCACAUAUUGGUCGUGUUCCUCUCCUUUGCGUUCCUGGCGUUCUCGGCCACCAAAGGGGGACUGGUGCUGUACUCCAUCUUGCAGGACCCCUCCUACCCUGGGAUGCACUCCACGUACUAUGCCCUCGUGGUCAGCGCCGCCUGUUUCAGCCUCCUGGAGUUCUUCAUGUGUCUGUGGAGUUUUGUGGCGCUGCGGAAGCUGGAGUCUAUCCGUGUCAUGCACAGAGUCAACGCAAAGGGGGAGGAACUGGAUGAAGAAGGGAAACCGAUCGAGAAAGCUGUGGAUCUUAAACGACUCAUGACGUUAGCGAAACCGGAAGCGGGACUUCUUACUGUUGGGAUUGUAGCUCUGCUGGGGUCCAGUGCGGCCAGCAUGGUAGGACCCCUGUUCUUUGGGAAGGUGGUCGAUGCUGCCCAGAAGAGUAUGGAUGACCUCAACAGGACUGUGUUGAUUCUGCUGGGGGUCUUCAUAGGAGGAGCUAUAGCCGGCAUGAUCAGGGCGUGGUUCUUUGUCCUGGCAGGGCAGAAACUGGUGGCCAGACUUAGGAAAGAGCUGUUUGGAUCAGUUAUUAGACAAGAAGUUGCGUUCUUUGAUCAAAACAGAACUGGAGAGUUGUGUAACCGACUUUCUUCUGACACUCAGGUGCUCCAGAACUGUCUGACAGUGAAUGUGUCCAUGUUGUCGAGGUAUUUGCUGCAGAUCAUUGGCUCGCUGGCUCUCAUGUUUGUGUUGAACCCAUCUCUCACAGGCGUCCUCCUGGCAGUGGUGCCGGUCGUGGCCAUCGGCGCCGUCCAGUAUGGAAAGUACAUGAAGAAGUUACGCAAAGACUUCCAGGAUCGGUUAGCUGAUGCAGGAACGCAAGCUGAGGAGGCGCUGUCCAGUCUGCGAACUGUCCGAAUGUUCGUUGGAGAGCGGAAGGCUCUGGAUGAGUAUUCGGCCGAGAUCAACAAGAGUUACAGAGUUGGCAAGAAGCUUGCACUUGGUCAAGGCACGUUUGAAGGUGUUAUUGGGAUUGUGGCCCAGGCCGCGGUAGUCACAGUGCUGUGGUACGGGGGCAAGCUGGUGUACGAAAACUCACAAGACACUACACAAGGGAUCACUCCAGGCAUUCUCACUUCCUUCUUGUUGUACACGUUACAAGUUGCCAUGGCGUUUGCACUCCUAUCCUCCCUGUACGGAGACUUCAUGCAGGCGGUUGGUGCCUCAGCAAGAAUCUUCAAGUUGAUGGAUCGUCUCCCUGAAGUCCCAUACGAGGGGGGAGCAGUGCCCUUGACCUUCGAUGGAGAGGUUGAGUUUGAUUGUGUGCACUUCACCUACCCGUCUCGAGCUGACACUCCGGUCCUAAAGGAGUUGUCUUUCAAAGUUCAUACCGGCCAGAUGGUGGCGCUAGUAGGACCGUCAGGGGGAGGUAAAUCUACCAUCGUCAGUCUCAUUGAACGCUUCUAUGAUCCAGACAGUGGCAGGAUAUUACUGGGAGGCCAUGACCUGAAGACACUUGACCCCUCCUGGUUCCGCCGCAAGAUGGCGAUGGUCAGCCAAGAGCCCACACUGUUUGCCUCCUCUAUCCGAGAAAACAUCGCCUACGGUAAAGUGGCGUCAGACCAGGAGGUUGAAGAAGCUGCCAAGCAGGCCAACGCCCACGAGUUCAUCAUGUCAUUUGAAGACGGCUACACCACCAAGGUGGGAGAGAGGGGCGUGAGGCUGUCCGGGGGGCAGAAACAGAGGAUAGCCAUCGCCAGAGCCCUCAUCAUGGACCCGGUCAUCCUGCUGCUGGACGAGGCCACCAGUGCUCUAGAUGCAGAGAGUGAACACCUGGUCCAGGAGGCUAUAGACCGCGCCAUGAAGGGAAGAACAGUCAUCGUCAUCGCUCACAGACUCUCAACUGUCAGAAAUGCCACACAGGUGGUUGUGAUUGACAAAGGCCACAUAGCUGAGCGAGGAACUCAUGAUGAACUCCUGGAGAAAGAUGGCGUCUACAAGCGUCUUGUCCUGCGACAGCUGAUGGCGGCCGACAUGCCGGGACAAACGGUGGAGGCUGACACACCGAGUGAAGCGAACAACGCUGGUGAAGGAGUCUCAGGGACGGCUGUAACAGUUUAAUUGUGAACACAUUGUCAAUCCUUCACAGGUUUUUGUACAGUACGUUCCUCCAUCACUUGGGGUGAAAUGAUACAUCGGUAGGCCGGUGCAUUGCGAGUUUUCAUGUGACGAUAAGAUUCACGAUACGUUUUUUUUGUAUUGGUACAACACGAUACACUUGUUGAAAUAAAUUACUUACUACUUGUUUAAUUAUCCCUGACGUUUUUGUCAAUCAGAUAUCACAAAAUGUGUUAUGAUUAGCGUUUCAAGUUCAUUACUGAAAAUAGCUGCGGCAAACAUGUGGCUAACAGCUAGAUUUUCCUUUUGAACCUGCUCUGAAAUAUUUAUUUUCCAGAAGUUUCCAUGCAAUUUGAUGUAAAUAUGAGUAUCGCAAUUCAUAUCGUAUCAUGACCGAUGUAUCAUGAUAAAUAUUGUAUCGUGACCUUUGUAUUGUGAUAUGUAUCGUAUCGUGACCUUGUUGUGUCGUUUCACCCCAAUCCAUUACCCAUCAAGGUGUAUGGCCACUUGCAGUGUGGGAGUCAAGCAAUGAAGUGAGACCUUCUUAAAAACUCAUGGAAGUCAAACAGAGCUGGGAUGAGUCCAAAUUUACUACCCGGGUACCCACCCUCCUAUUACCCGACCCUACCCAGGUACCCUCUGUAGGUUUCAAGAGAUAGGUACAAAAUGUCUGAUUGUGAAGAGUUUGAAUGUAGUCCUGGACAAAAUGUAUUUUGUUACACAUAAAACGAUCUGGUCAUGCAUGACUGAAGUUUUAUCUUUAUUCAAACAUGUAAUAGUCAGAAGGAAUGGGUGAAUAGUCAGAACGAAAUGCCAACAUUAGUGAUUUGUAGUGUAACCAUAUAGUUCUAGAUCAUUUUUGUCAUUAAACAAUAUAUCACGUGACUAACCACAGGUCCGGGUAGUCCUGUGGGUACCUGGGUCCUUCUCAGUACCAACCUGACCAUAGUUACCCAUCCUAGCCCUAAAGUCAAAUGUGCCCAUUUCUGGUGUCCCCCGCCGUGAUAUUGCUGGAAUAUUGCUUAAAGUGGCGUUAAAUCAUACUCACUCACUCACUAAAGUCAAAUGUGCCUUACUCAUGACUUUGUGCAAACCCUACCAUGGCCUGAUAUUGAAGCAGAUCUCCGAACUCGAUCGCUGCAAGGUUGCAGCAUGCGUUGCUCAAGAAAUAUUGCUGUUUGUGGGAAUCUGAGGCUAUGGCUUGAUAUGGUAGUUUAAAUAAAGCGACCACACUGCGAGUCGGACGUAUGGCUUCACGGGUCAUGGGGAGCAUAGUCCAUCAAGUACAGACGCUGCUGUGAAGGCCAGCUUGGACUGUGAUAUUAUCUUACACUGGGCUUACAGAUUCUUUUGGCAACAUUGAUUUCGUAGUGUUGUCAUUUUGACAGAUAAAUGGUAUAUUUUGAGAUUCUAUCAUAUUUGUCAAUAGAGAUGUUCUGUAACAAGUGUCAUAUUUGGAUAACACUUUCUUUGUUAUGUACAGAUUCUAGUCUUUUUCGGGUUGAGUCCCAUCCGGGAUUCGAACCCACACUCCCAGAUUGAGGCACCUAGCCGCCAGCACCCAAAGGCAGCGAUCUAACCCACUCAGCCACCGAGGCUUCCACUAAAUGAAAGUCUGACAACUGGUAGUCAAGAUCACGUACUUUGUACCAGAACCUGUACUUUACUAAGCAAGUGUUAUCCCAAAUAUAACAUUAGUUACAUUAGACCACUUUCUAAAUGACAUUGUGUAUUCAGAGAUGUUCUGUAUGUAUAGAUUGAAGUUGUGUAAGACUGGUAUUUUGAUAGUGUUAUCAUCGUGACAGAUACAACUCAAUUUUGAGAUUCUAUUAUAUCUGUCAAUAGUGAUGUGCUGUAUAUAGAUUGAAGUUGUGUUUGAGUGUUAUUUUUAUACUAUCACGCCAUUUCGAUGCCCUGUGCAAUAACUGUGCAUCCAUUUUGUCCAUUGUGGUUCAUCAGAUUACCAUGCACUGUUAUCUUGGACAACAUCACACUUGUUCCAGAUUUCUAUUUCUAUUGAUUUUAUGUCUCACAGGUGUAGCCAUGCUUUUGUUUGCAUGGGAAAUCCUGUGUACGGUGAAUCCUGGUUCCACAAUGUAUAGAAUUCUUGUGUAUAUCAUGCACAUGAGAUACGGGUAGAGAGAUACUAUUACUUGCACAACUGGUUAUAGAUAGUUGACUGUGAAGAGGACUUCUGUUGAAAAUCUGAAGAUUUUAUUGUAUAAUGACAGCCACAGUACAGGAUCUAUUUCUGUAAUAGAGAUAGUUUUCUUUGAAUAAUGAACAAUGACAACUAUAAUUUAUUUACACGGUUAACAAAUUGUAUGUAUUGUUUUAAAUACAUGCAGACAUUCCCUAUCAUAAUCAUCCAGAAAGCAGGAAUUCCUGAUUAACAGGGUCCAGACUAGGAAGGUUUCACUGUACUCACAUCCUUCACUGUGGGAGGGAUUGGUCCAUAGCCAUUAUCCAGGUUCCCACUUCACUGUGAUUUGGGUAGUUAAUCAUUGUUGUUUUUUGUGUGUCUAUAUAUUUGUGUGUAUGUCUGUGUGUUUGUAUGUCUGCGUGUCUGGCUGUGUUUGUGUGUCUGGUUGUGUCUCCCUUUGUGUGUAACCGUGUCUGUGUGUGUGACUGUGUGUGCAUUGGGUUUUACAUACAAACAGCUUGUAGGGCUUAACAUGUGAUGGUUGUGUAGAUAUAUGAAUCAAUUUGUAAAUAAGAAAGUGAGUGCUCAAGAUUGUUUGUAUGUUUGACUUAAAUCACUGAAAUCCAUGACACGACAUUUUGUCUCCUCCACCAAUGGCAUGAACGUGUUUAACUUGUCAGUCAGGUUUACGUGUUCUUUGUCUCACUACAGAACAAAUCCAUGUUGGUUUUUUCACUUUUUUGUAUAGUAUUUAUUACUAUUUGUGUUACUUAUUACAUUUAGGAUGUACUUGCCCCAGACCAGUGAACAUAAGCUCGUUUCUGACCUGACCUUUCUUCAGCCACAUCACAAGAGUUGUUUUAGAGCUGUUACAUUUUAACAGUAAUAGUUAGUUUGAGAUAAAAAACUAAUUGGUUAUUAACAAUCUGCAGAUAUUUACAAAACGUAAGUGACCUACCAAAUAUAUGAUUUUCGUAAAUAUACAAUUAUGGUAUUGCUCAGAGUAUUUUAUUUUUAAAUGACAAGUCGAACAGUAACAUUAUGUAGCAAUUCAAUUUGAAAGGAUUUUUUUUUAAACAUGUAUUUUUAAAAUAAUUUAACAAACUAUGUUUUGGGUCAGCGGGUAAACCAUAUAAUUACUCUUUUAGUAAUACUGGACCUUUUUCUGUGUUUUUUAUUAUCAGGUGUAGGACCAGUAUUGAACACAUGCAUGGCCAAACACAUUGGCAUGAUUGAUCAUAUUUUCUCCAAUAUUUUACAUUUUUAUUAUUAAGCAACUUAAAAGUUGUUGUUUUUUCAUGUGAUUACAAAGAUUUGGGCAUUAUUCCAGUCAGAGAAAAGGCUGUUCCUGUAGCCCAUCAUUUAAAAAUUACUUCUGGGUGUUGUUUUUGUCCAGUUCUUGAAGUAGAAUAGCAACUUACUAGCACUGCUGGGGUUUGCACAGUGCACGAAACCGAUGUUAGUUUUGUGGUUGUGUAAGAUCAGACAUCAGUCCAUUGCUUACCUAAAUUAUAAAAUUAAAAUUCCAAAAAGAAUUAUGGACCACCCAGUUCUUUUAGAUUACUUUAAUUAAUCCAUUAGGCCAUGACAGAUUAACUAUAGUAAUACGAAAGAAUCGAGUGGUCCUUAAUUUGUUUUAGUAGUAUAGAUCUGGUAUUUAUACAGCAUUAUGCAAGUUUGGAAGUACUCCCAUGAUUGAAUGUAGCAGUGUUUGGCAUACCAGAAGUCUAGAGUAUGCAAGUUUGGGAAUGAACCGGUUUUGUGCCUUGUGAAAUACCAUAUUUGACGUAAUAAGCGCCCUGCUCUAAUAAGCGCCCGCGGCGAUUUUUGCUAAUAUAUUGGCUAAUGAACAAUCUCAAUUAGCAACCCUUUCAAUUGAUCUUAUUUAUUUGUGUAUAAUACUCACUCGUGUGUUAUAUGCACCUUUAAUUAUGGGCAAUUAAAUUCUGGCAAAUAUAUCUGUUGUGUAUAAUACGCACGACUUUUCUUUCGUAUCAUUUCCGGCUGUCAGCAUAAACCACGAAAUUUAUGAUCUUUCAACUCUGUUUUUUUUUUCUCACCAAAAUUAUAUCCUAUUAAGAGCCCCCUAUUUCUAAUUUUGAGCGCACCCUAGGUGCUUAUUACGUCGAAUAUGGUAGUCUAGUCCUGACUGUUAUAUUGCCCUGCUUGGGUAUAUUUCUGUGCUCCAAUAUUGGUACAUGAGUGUAUCCAGAAAUGUCCCAAAUUACAUAUCUGUCAUACCUGUUCCAACAAUGACUGCAACAGCACUGUUAGCAUGUAGGUUUACACUUUUUUUAAGGGGCCUCAACCCGAUUUGUAAAGAGAAAACAGAAAGUUUUAUACCUGAUUUUUUCAUUUAUUCUUGUAAUCAUCAAAACGGCAGAGAAAUAACCUUAGGGAGCAACCAGUUUGAUUUGAUGGUGGAGACAGAGGUGCUUGCAGGAGGAUUUUAUCUAAGACAUCAAUGAAGCCCCUGUUUUACUGGGGGAAAAUUACAUACCUGUUAUGGCUCAUAUUGUAGGAAAUGUGGCAUGUAUUUAAAUAUCGAGAAGUCAAAUUUGAAAUAACAGCAGCUCUUAUUUUGUGUUGGAAAAAAAUAAUUGAGUUCCUAAAUAUGAAAAACAGAAAUGCUGAUCAUGCUGAUCUCAAACCAAAAUUUGAGAUGUCCCUCGAAAAUCAAAUGACUGCUCCCUUAAUCCUAUUCUGUUGUCCAUAUGACAGCCAUGAUACUUUAUGCAAACCAAUGUUGUUUUUUGUCAUUGUGUGUUUUAUAAGUGAGUUUUGUGACACAUAUUAGCCUGCCAUAUUCAAACAUAUUACCAGAAUACCCGUGGGAUCCAUACAGUUUCUAAGAGUCCAUGAUCUGUAAAGGUAUUCCACUUAAUUUGGACUAGCGUUUAAUUCAAACAUUUGAAUUCUUCAUUGGAAUAUAAACAUGAUUGAACUAGAAAGGAAUGAAAUCUAAGUCAUUGUAAUUAAAAUUUGGUUUUCAAAACAUGUGGAGGAAUGCUUUUGUGGCAAUUUAAUUAGAAUCACUAUAUUCAAUAUGACACUGAGAUAGUUACAAUGACUUUUCAGGUUUUUAGACCUGACAUUUCAUGUCAACUUCAAGAUACAGAAUAUGCAUUCAGGGAAGAAAUAAAUGUGUUAAAUAUUGUU